GAAGCGCGAGCGCGAGCGACGUCAUUGCUGCCGCACCGACGUUGUGUUGACAGCCGGACUACUUUGUGUGUUUUCUCAGACGGUCUUUUCUUCUAUUUCUUCUUCUCAUGGAGCGCGGAGUGACUCGUUCCGCCGAGAAGAGACGCCGCAGACGGCGUCUGUUCCUCGGCGCCUUCGCGCUGCUGCUGGUGGUCGUCGUCAUCCUCGCCGUCCUAUACGUGGUGGGGGUCGGGCCGAAGGAGCCCGCGCUGAAACCCACUUUCAUGGAGAGGUGUGAGGCGUUCAAGGGAUACGAAUGUGAAGACGUCUGGAAUGCGUUCCAGCUGGGCUACGUGGGGAAGGACCCGUGUGGAGUUACCCAUGAGGCCUACGAUCCUUUGAUGGUCGGGGUGCCUUUCAGAAGCACGUGCAACCGACUGAUGUUCUGGAGUAAAACCAAGGACGUGGUCCACAACUUCACCAAGGAGAGCUCUUGUUAUGUCACCGUGGAGGAAACGCUGCUGGGGUCGGUGCUGGACGGGCUGACCUGGUGCGGAAAGGAGGGCAGCAACGAAACGUUCACGACCGGCUGCCCGGGAUGGACCGACUGCGAGAACAACCCCGUCCGCUCCUUCUGGAACCGAGUCUCGGCCGACUUUGCAGACAGCGCAUGCGGCGACGUCGCGGCGAUGCUGAACGGGUCCAUCGCCACGCCAUUCCAUCCUGACAGUGUCUUUGCGAGCAACGAGGUGAAGCGGUUCCACUUUCCCAGGGUGAAGAGACUUCAGGUCGUUCUCGUCUCACAGGAGAACUCCGCGACAAACUGCACAAAUGCAUCUUUAAAGAAUUUGCAGAAGGAGCUGGAUCCCAAAAUUUCGUAUGAAUGCAGGGAAGUAACCGAGGCCGACCUCCAUGACUGCAGCGCUCGUCCAAAGGAAUUCUGUGGGAACUGUUGGUGAACUGAACCUCGGAUCAUAACACGAGACACAACCAUACAUCUGUAAAUGUAACAAUGUGCUUUUAUGCAAUUGUUUGACUCCAUGUAAAAAAAAAAAUUUGUUUUUCAAUGUCACUCACACAUAUUUUUAUAACGUGAUAAUAAUGUUUGUAAUGUUUAAUUUUGUUUUAAAUAUCUUAAAAUGA